AUGCCCAAUGGAACGCUCAAUAAAUGGUUAUACUCUCACAACUUGUUCUUGGACUUACUGCAGAGACUGGAUAUAAUGUUAGAUGUUGCAUCUGCAAUGGACUAUCUCCACAACGGCUAUUCAACACCUGUGGUGCAUUGUGACUUGAAGCCAAGCAAUGUCUUGCUAGAUCAAGAUAUGGUUGGCCAUGUUAGUGAUUUUGGCAUUGCAAAAUUGUUAAGUGCAGGGGAGGCUUCUUAUGUUCAAACAAGGACAAUUGCAACCAUUGGAUAUAUUGCUCCAGAGUACGGACAAGAUGGAAUAGUAUCGACGAGCUGUGAUGUUUAUAGUUUUGGCAUCCUGAUAAUGGAAACGUUUACAAGAAUGAGGCCUAGUGAUGAAACAUUUAAUGGAGAAAUGAGCAUACAACGUUGGGUUAGUGAUUCCUUCCCAAGUGGAAUUCAUAAGGUGGUGGAUUCAAAUUUGGUAAUGCCAGGGGAAGAACAGAUCGACUUAAAGAUGCAAUGUUUGGUAUCUAUCAUGGAAUUAGCUUUGAGAUGCACUUUAGUGAAACCUGAUGCAAGAAUUAUCAUGAAAGAUGCUCUUUCGACACUUAAAAAGAUUAGGCUCCAACUUGUCAUUAGUUGCUACUAGGUGGAAUAUAGUUGUAGUAUAGCCUCUUGUAUGUUGCUUGAUUACAUAUGUUGGUCGUGUUAAGGUUAGUUCAACACAAGUACUUUAGUUUUUUC